GUUUAAAACACUGAAACAGGGAGGAGACUGUCAAAGUGGAUAACCUUUCCCAGUUCGUCACUCACUUCUAACACUUGUUGCUGCUGCUUUGGAAGUUGAAAGGUUCCAACUAUGGAUGGUCACCACGACCCAGAUAUACUGUCCCUACUAAAGACGCAGUAAAAGGCAUUCUAAUUCAACCCAAUAAAGCAAAAGGAGCCACCGAAGCUCCUCCGUUUUCUUUGUUUCAGCCUCCUGAAGCUGAAGGGUCUGCCUCUGAGUUGGAGCCAGCGGACCCUGAUUUCUACAAGAUAGGGUAUGUUAGAAGUAUGAGAGCUUAUGGAAUUGAAUUUAAAGAAGGGCCAGAUGGGUUUGGAGUUUAUGCUUCCAAGGAUGUUGAACCACUUCGCCGGGCUAGAGUAAUAAUGGAAAUUCCACUAGAACUGAUGUUAACUGUAAGCCAAAAGCUCCCAUGGAUGUUUUUUCCAGAUAUAGUACCAGUGGGUCAUCCAAUAUUUGAUAUCAUUAACUCAACUGAUCCAGAGACAGAUUGGGAUCUGAGGUUAGCAUGCCUUCUUUUGUACGCAUUUGAUCGGGAAGAUAACUUUUGGCAGUUGUAUGGUGAUUUUUUACCCAGUGCAGAUGAGUGCCCCAGCUGGCUUCUAGCUAGUGAGGAGGAGCUUUCAGAACUGCAGAAUCCCAAUCUUGCUUCAACUAUGAGAGAACAGCAACGUCGAGCCUUGGAAUUUUGGGAAAAAAAUUGGCACUCUGGUGUACCACUAAAAAUUAAACGUCUUGCUCGUGAUCCUGAGAGAUUCAUUUGGGCCUUGAGUAUGGCACAAUCACGAUGCAUUGGCAUGCAAAUGAGAAUUGGUGCACUUGUUCAAGAUGCAAACAUGCUAAUUCCAUAUGCAGAUAUGCUAAACCAUUCCUUCGAGCCAAAUUGUUUUUUCCAUUGGCGUUUUAAGGAUCGCAUGCUUGAAGUGAUGAUAAAUGCUGGAAAACGGAUUAAGAAAGGUGACGAGAUGACUGUCAAUUACAUGAGUGGACAACAGAAUGACAUGCUGAUGCAAAGAUAUGGUUUCUCUUCACCUGUGAAUCCUUGGGAUGUGAUUCAGUUCUCCGGAAAUGCACGUAUUCAUUUGGAUUCCUUCUUGUCAGUAUUCAAUAUAUCUGGACUUCCUGAAGAGUACUAUCAUAACACAGGUCGCCUAUCUAAUGAUGGGGAUACUUUUGUUGAUGGAGCAAUCAUAGCAGCGGCAAGAACAUUGCCCGCUUGGUCAGAUGGGGAUGUGCCUCCAAUCCCAAGCAUGGAAAGAAGAUCUGUAAAGGAGUUACAGGAAGAAUGCCGACAGAUGCUUGCAGCGUAUCCUACCAACUCUAAGCAAGACCAAAAAAUUCUAGAUUCGAUGUCAGAUGCUAGUAGGACGCUUGAAGCUGCAAUCAAGUAUAGGUUGCACCGGAAGUUGUUCGUAGAGAAGGUCAUGCAAGCGCUGGAUAUGUACCAAGAGCGGAUGUUAUUCUGAUAAAACUUGCCAGUUUACAAAAGCUAGGAAAUUUUUGUGGCAUGCCAAUUUGCCAAAACUCUGCUUGUGACAGGAAUUUUCAUGUCUAACAUAUAUGAAUGUGUGCAGAGAUUUUUCUAGUUUUUCUUAUCUUUUCAAAUGGUGGCUGAUCAUGUUAACGAACCUGCUGGUGGUUGGUAGGACGAAUGUGACAUGAAAUAGAAAACAGAAGAAGGGCUGCAAAUUGAGUGAAACACAUGAUAUCAUUUGUUUGACACUAGUGCAAAUUGAAUACCUUUUUUUUCACUUUUUUGUUAAUGGGGAAAUAGACUUGAAUUUCACACC